AUGGUCCAGUUGCUCCUGGACUACUGGAAACUUCUGCCGCAAAGCUACACCAUCCGUUUCUGCGACUUCCUCCUCAUCAGUUGUCAGUUCCCUCGUCUCAUCCUCCCAGAAAGCAAACCUGAGAUGGCCAACCUGCCUGAGCACUGUCGGCUGAGUCUUGCCCUGGAACCUGGGGACGCCGGUGGCCAGAAGACGGCAGAGCUGAGGGAGGACCACAGGGCCAGCACCGGCCCACAGGGCCAGACGCCCCCCGCGCCCAGCCCCAGGACGGGCCACCUGUCCCCCCGCCGGGAUAGCCUGGACAGCUCCUCUUCAACCCCCGGGGACCACUUGGGGGCCAGGCUCACCCACUUCGGGGGGCUCUGGCGGGCUGGCGAGCGGGGGCCACUGGGCUCGGGGCCCGGUCCCCGGUCCCUGUCUGAGCAGGUGGAGAAGAACCGUCUGUUACUGAGGGAGAUGCUGAGAGGUGGGGGGGCAGCCACCCUGAAGCCAGGACCCCCGAGCUGCGACAGAGCUGCCCCAGAGCCCACACCCAGGCCCGGACAGGACAGGCUGCCCCCACCACAGGCCCGCGUGAAGGCCAGGAUGCGGCCACUCCGUGCCAGCCACGACAUCAUGCCCACCUUGGCCCCAGACAGACAGGCACAGGGGGACCCCGCGGGGCCCAGCCCGCCCGCCGCCGCCCCCUGGGACCGGAGCAGGAGAAGCGGCGGCCGUGGCGGCUUCGCCCCGGGCCUGGGUCUGAAGAAAAUCUUCUCGGCCCUGGGCCAGGCCGCCCGGCCACUAGCGGGCCGGACCCGCAGUCACAGCGUGGAGCAGCUGCGGACCCCCACGCCGGGCCCCGGCACCCCGGAGGCGAGGAGGGCGCCGUCACUGCAGUUCCUGCACCUGGUGUCGCGCUCGCCCCAGCGCGGGAAAUCCCCCUCCUUCCACAGCCUCCAGGCCCUGCUGAGUGGCCGCGGGGACCGGGCCAACCUCUACCGGGUCCAGGAGCCGGCGGGGGACAGUUCUGCGGGCAGGCCCCACAGCACCCCGCCACGGCGCGCCCUCAGUGUGGAGGACGUGGGGGCGCCCAGCCGGGCACGCACGGUGGGCCGCGUGGUGGCAGCGUUUCCGGACGGCACCAGCCAGCUACAGCUGCAGUGUAGCCCUGGGGGCACCUUCGGCUUCUCCGUGGCCGCGGGCAGCGGGCGCCGGGACUCAGGGCUGUACGUGCGGGCGAUGGCCGACGUGGGCACGGCCAAGCUGUACUCGGGGCUGCUGGCGGUGGGGGACGAGAUCCUGGAGGUGGACGGGGCCAAGGUGGCGGCGCUGGGCACGGCCCACGUGCAGGAGCUCCUGGCGCGCGCCGACAGCGUGUCCCUGCGCGUGCUGCGGCAGAGGCCGGCGCCGCGGUGA